GGCAUCGGCUAGAGGCGCCCUUAGGAGGCCAAACUAUACAUAUAUGAAUUCCUGAACAUUGCAUGAAGGGGAGCUUUCUUCUAUUUAGGAUUUAUAAGAUAGUCGAUCAUUUGUUCUAAGCUCAGAUUAUGUUGCGGACAAAUGCGGGAGAUUUUUUGCGGGUUGCCGUUAAAGAUGCCUUAAAACCAUCAAGUAUUUUAUCCAACGCAAAAGGUUUGUGGAGUUGGAGUAGCCAAGCUCUAUGCCAAAGAGUCCAAUGUUUAGGAAAAGGUCAAAGGUUUGUGUACGUUCGUACAUACGAGUGUUUUCGUCCGUACUAUAUUUAUGUUCAAGAUAAAAAUUGGAGAGACUCGUCAUUUUUGGCCGAACUUUCAGGCGAGACUUAGAUUUUUGUCGGUUCGGCCGACAGUGAAUUGCAGUUGACAAGUUGACUUGGAAGGUUUCAACAUUCUAGACUGGGCUAGAGCAUUUUCAAAAAAGAAAGACUAGCUAGAAGACCCAAGAAAGAAUAAUCAAAGAAAUGCCAGCUAGACUAACUAGUACCGGGUCGCUUGUUCCUGGCGUGCAUAAAGUUUGCAGGCCAACAACACACCGAGGCACCGAGCAAGAGCAUUGUACGCCCGGGAUGGUCGGCUUUCCGAACGCCACCACCUGUGCUCUCCUCCACCUCGUCAUCUUCUUCUACCUUGCUACCCCUGCCAUCUCCUUGUCCUUCAACUACUCCACGUUCAGCAAAGCAGACCAGAAGGACAUCAAGAUCGAAGGCGACGCAUCCUUCAACGGCGACACAUCCACCGGAGAUAUCGACAUGAGCGCAAACAUGUACGGUAGCAUCUGCCGGGCGUCGUACAACGCCCAGCCGGUGCAGCUCUGGGACAAGGCGACCGGCCAAGUGGCCAGCUUCACCACGCGGUUCGAGUUCCUCAUGUACGCCUCCAACAACGGCAAGGUGGGCAUGGCCUUUUUCCUCGCUGGCUACCCGUCUAGCCUGCCGGCCGACUCUCCUGACUACAACCUCGGCCUCACUAACCAAAGCGCGGACGCCGUGGCAUCCGGCGAUAGCCAGUUCGUGGCAGUGGAGUUUGACACCUUCAACAAUGGCAAUACAAUAGUAUCCGACCCCUACGACCACAUCGGCAUCGACGUCAACUCCCUCAGAUCGGUGAGCACACUGCCCCUGCCAAGCUUCACCCUCACGAACGCGCCCAUGACCGCUGCGAUCGAGUACGAUAAUGCUUCCAGCAUCUUAGCGGUGACGUUAUGGGUCGUGGAUGGCCUCAGCAAUUACCGACAGAGUUACAGCCUUAGCUCUAAGGUUGACCUCAAGAGCGCACUACCGGAGCAGGUCUCCAUUGGUUUCUCCGCAUCCACAUCCAACGUCAACCCAUUGCAGUCUGCAUUUAUGAGUAUAGUGCUACAGUCUUGGUACUUCAACUCUUCGCUGGAACCACGGUCAGCACCACCACCACACUCCCCGGCAGGGCCAGGUUCUGUAGUUAUAGCUGGAGCAGUUGUCGGCGCGACAAUGUUCCUUGUGUUGCUCUUCGCAGCUGCAGUGGCUCUUGUAGUGCGCCGCCGUCGUCGUCGUCAGGAAGUCAUGGAGGCGGAGGAGUACUACACAGACUCACAAGGCGAAAGCGAGCCCAUGACGGAGAUCGAGAUGGGGACGGCGCCAAGGCGGUUCCCAUACCACGAGCUCGUGGAAGCGACGAGGAACUUCGCCGCGGAGGAGAAGCUUGGGCAAGGUGGCUUUGGCACCGUGUACCAAGGCUAUUUGAGAGAGCCAGCUGGGCUUGCCGUGGCCAUAAAAAGGUUGCAAUCUUCCAUACAAGGAAAGAAGGAGUACAAAUCCGAAAUCAAGGUGAUAAGCAGGCUGCGUCACCGGAACCUCGUGCGGCUCAUCGGCUGGUGCCAUGGCCAUGAUCAGGCGCUCCUACUGGUCUACGAGCUCAUGCCCAACCGUAGACUCGACAUCCAUCUCCAUGGCAAGAAGGGCACCUUCCUCACAUGGGAAAUGAGGAUGAAGAUAUUGCUGGAGCUUGGGUCUGCGCUGCUCUACCUCCACGAGGAGUGGGAGCAAUGCGUGCUUCACCGGGACAUCAAGCCCAGCAACGUCAUGCUUGACGAGUCCUUUGGAGCCAAGCUAGGCGACUUCGGACUCGCAAGGCUCGUUGACCAUGCCGCUGGGAUGCAGACCAUGACUGCAAUCUCGGGAACUCCAGGCUACUUGGACCCCGAUUGCGUGAACACCGGCAAGGCCAGCGCCGAGUCCGACGUGUACAGCUUCGGUGUGGUUCUACUGGAGGUGGCAUGCGGCAGGAGGCCGAUGAGCAUAACCGCCGCCGACCAGGACAAGCAGAAGAGCGGCGGAGUCUUCCGUUUAGUCGAGUGGGCUUGGGGACUUUAUGGCCAGGGAAUGAUCCUUGAGGCCGCCGAUGAGCGCCUGAACGGGGACUACAACGCGGCGGAGGUGGAGAGGGUGAUGGUCGUCGGGUUGUGGUGCGCGCACCCAAACCCAAGCGUGCGGCCGUCCAUCUGGACAGCCAUGGCCACGCUCCAGCCCAAGGUCGACCAAGCCUACCAGCUGCCCGUGCUUCCUUCCAAGAUGCCAGUGCCCAUGUAUGAGCCGGCGCCGCCGCUCGCCUGGGCCAAUGUCGUUGGGAUGUCAUCAUCGUCCACGUCGUCCAGCAUGCCGAUGCACACUUCUUGUACCACAACCUCCGACGCUAGCACUUCGACGAACAGUUCGAAGACCUCUUCUUCACUACUCAAACAUCAGUAGCAGUAGUAAUUUAUGGUGUGCGUUUCAUAUGUUCCCGGAGUGUUGAUGUAAUGACUAAUGAUGCCAGGAUGGGACUGGCAGCUGGAAUGGUUAUCAGUAUGUUCGAGUGUUUCAUAUUCAUAAGAAUGGCUGGUUUUUUACAAUGAUGCUACACUUACGCUCAA